AUGGAGAAGCCAACAGUAGAAAAGUUUGAGAAAGUAAAAAAGGCUCAAAGUCUUUAUCAGCCAUGGAUGGAUAAUAUGGCUGAUUCAGACCAGGAAAUGAAGGACUAUACGCCGUCUCCAGUUCAUCCACCACAAACGAAAAAGAGAAGCAACUACAAAUUUGAUCAAGACUAUUUAAAAGCACUCUCUACUUCAUCUGAUGGAUCUGUAGCAACAUCUGGUCGGUCUACGGCACUAGAUAUGCCUCCAACAUCACCAGGCAACAAAACGCCGUUACCUACCACAGAUCAGCCUGACGAGUUAAAGAGGAAGUCCAGUAGUUCAAGUUCAAGAAAGAAACGUUCACAGUCACGUUCAAAGUCUGCAUCACGUUCUUUGGCUGGUUUACCUGUUGUCAGCCACGCGGUAAUCACUCCUUUAGUCAAGUACGCUAUUUUAAAAGAGCUUAUAACAAAAUUUUAUACCCUUGAAGCUAAGAUUGAACAAACUGCACAAUCGUAA